AUGGAUUUGGCUCUCCCUGCCAUCCUGCUCACUGUCCUUCCUGGAGCCCUUCUAGGGAGCGACAGUCCCCCAACUCUCCCUCCCAGCUCGGUCCCUCACAGUGACAGCAGCAAAAACCUGGAUUCAGUGUGUGGACGUCCACGGGCAUCAGCCCGCAUUGUGUCAGGGCAGGAUGCCCAGCUCGGCCAGUGGCCUUGGCAGGUCAGCCUGAGGGAGUCUGGACAGCACGUGUGCGGGGGCUCCCUGAUUGCCAAGGACUGGGUGCUGACUGCCGCCCACUGUUUCAGUCAGAACCAGCCCCUGUCUGCCUACAUGGUGUUGCUGGGUUCCAUUUCCUCCUACCCGGAAGCCAGUGAUGCUGGGGAGUUUCGAGCCGUGGCCCAGUACAUCAAGCACAGCAGCUACUCAGAGGGGGAGCACAGUGGUGGUGACAUUGCACUAGUGCAGUUGGCCUCAUCUGUCUCCUUCAGUGACCUCAUCCUUCCAGUCUGCCUCCCCAAACCUGGAGACCCCUUAGUUCCUGGCACCUUGUGCUGGGUCACCGGCUGGGGGUACAUCAACUCAAAUACAGCUCUCCCUCCGCCCUUCACCCUGAAGGAGGUGGAGCAACCAAUCCUUGAUACCCAGACCUGUGAAACCUACUACCAGGAGAAUUCCGUCUCCAGCCAGGACACCAUCAUUUUGGAGGACAUGCUGUGUGCCGGCUUCGAGAACGGCCAGAAGGACUCCUGCUACGGUGAUUCCGGAGGCCCCCUGGUCUGUGAUAUUGGUGACGUCUGGGUCCAGGCCGGGGUGGUGAGUUGGGGGUCUGAGUGUGCCCUGCCCAGGAGACCGGGUGUUUACACCAAUGUCAGCUGCUAUACUUCGUGGAUUGCCACCACAAUAGAGAACACAGACAUAGAAGAAAACAACUUCUCUCCCAGCCUUGCUGGGACCUGGCUCUCUGGCCUGUUGGUGUUCCUGGGUGGUGCCCUCUUCUCCCUGGGGAUCGCCUAA